AUGAAACGAGUUAAAGCAGAAGAUAUCGACAUGGACACCGUUACUGAGUACUUCAGGGACGUUGUGGCUGUCCCAACAGAGACGGUGUAUGGAUUAGCUGCAGACAUAAGAUGCGCAAAAGCAGUGGAGAGGAUCUUUGAGUUGAAGGGAAGGCCAAACGACAAUCCAUUGAUUGUACACGUGUGCUCGAUUGAAAUGCUGAAAAGUGUUAUUGCAGAGCCAAUUUCCAAGGAGUAUCAAAGAUUGAUUGAUAGGUUCUGGCCAGGUCCUCUUACUUUGCUAUUCAAGGCAAGCAGCAAUGUUAGCCUCCAGGUAAGAGGAGGGCUUGACACGGUUGCUGUCAGGAUGCCUAGCAACAAAUGCUUCCUGGGCAUCAUUGAAAGGCUCGGGGCGCCUAUUGCAGCUCCAUCGGCGAAUAUAAGCGGAAGGCCAAGUCCUACGUCUGCAGAUCAUGUCAUAGAAGACUUUGGGGAGAGGAUUGAGCUAGUGAUUGAUGGAGGACCGUGUUCAGUAGGAUUGGAGUCUACUGUUGUAUCGAUGAUGGAAGGCAGAUUGCAUGUUUUGAGGCCAGGAGGGAUUCCGCUGGAAGAUCUUGUUGAAGCAGCCUGCUGCGAUGUUGUUGUCAGCAGCAAAAUGCUAGAGGAUGGAAAGGCAUACUCGCCCGGACAGAAGUAUAAGCAUUACUCGCCAUCUGCACGAUUGAUUUUAUUCAAAGGAGCGGAGAAAAAAAUUGGAGACGGUAUGCAGAAGUACAUAUUAUGUAAUCCGGAUGUUAAGAAAUGGGGAAUAGCACUACAUUCGGACGUGUGUGUUGGAAAGAUUGAUGAAAGAUGCAUUAGCAUUUUUGAUAUGGGGCGUGAGAAGAAAGUCAUAAGCAGGAGGUUGUUUGAAUGCAUACGAAGCCUGGACAAGGUCAGUGAAGUUAUUUUGGUUGCUGGAGUGUCAUUGAGUGGAGAAGGAAGCGCAAUUAUGGACAGACUUGAAAGAGCAUCUGACAUGGUUGUUGAAUGA